AACCACUUCGACCUUCACUUUUCUCACCAAUCCACAUAUAUCGUGAAAAUGGCAGCAAACAGAGACGACUCUAACCAGCCUCGAAAAGACGAAGACAAUCCCUUUGUCGCCUUUCGGCGUUAUGCUGAUGAACAAAUCUCCUCUUUUUUCCAAGGACUACUCGGCCUUCCAUCAACAUCCACUGCGCCUCCCCGACGAUGGCACAGUGACGUCGACACAGGAGACGAAGGAGAGACCUCUAGACACAAACGAUGCGCCUGGCGGAGCGAGACGGACUGUCAUAGCCGAUGGCACUGUUCGAGAUCUCAUCGCUCAGACAACAUAACCCACAGCACCGAUGACGGCGAAGCAGUCGACAUCCCCGUCAAGAAAUAUGUUGGCAAUGACACUCGGCCUGAGUCCCAGGCUGGCUCAAAGAAUUAUGAUCAUCGCGAUACCGCCGACAAUUAUCCUGACUGGCGUGAUGAUUUUAUUACGGGACGCUUGAAUUCAUUCCUCUUUGGUCCCUUCGACGACCGUAAGGAUCAUGACGACGAGGAUGACUUCUUUUCGCCAUUCUUCUCAUCUCCAUUCUCCCGCCACGCAUUCCACCCAUCUCCAAACCUCUUUCUCGCAGAAUCGAUGCUUUUCCCGAAACCAUCGCUCAUCACAUACGUCAUGUUCAGUCCAUACUCUCCGCUCUACGUAGAGCAGGCUCAUAAACUUCGAGGGCAUCGUGAUCAGUGGAGAAACGCAUUCGAGGAUCUGAUAUUUGCUGAACAAGGCAAAGCGAUGCCCGAAAAACACGAGUCUUCAGACGGGCGUGAUGAAGCAAAAUGGGUCCUUGGACUUCUCGAGCGCGGUGCAUUUGGCGACUGGAAGCGACUCGAGGACGCCUCCAGACAACGCGAACUACCUGCUCCUUCUUCCUCGUUGAUCAAGCCCAAUGAUGAUGCCGACAAAGCCCAAAAGUCUGUUCCAGAGUCGCCCAAUCCGUCUGAACGCGUCCAGAAACGCACAGAGACAAAGGAAACACAAGACCACCAAGACGACUUCUGGCCCGUUUCCUUCUUUGGCUUCGCUCGUCCUACGCCCGGAGAACUGCACGAGGACCACGAGGACGAUACAGAAACCGUCACGGAAGAAGAUCUCUACAAUGACUUCUUCGGACUCUCAAAUAGCGAAAUCGGCAACACCAACACCAACAACGUCAAAGGCGACCCUGGUUCUACUUCUACCUCUACUUCCCACGAAACUCAGCAUUCAUCCAACACAAAUGCAACUACAACUACUGCACCAAAUGUGCUUUCCACAAUGACCACGACCGAGCGAACCACUCUCCCCGAUGGCCGCGUCCAGACGCGCGUCGUGCUCAAGAAGCGCUUCGCCGACGGCCGCGAAGAAAGCAGCGAAACGGUUCAUACCGCUCAGGGCUCUUCCGAGACAGCUUUCCCCCGCAUGUCAGAGUCAGAGAACCCUGAGAACCCUGAGAAGAGUACGAUCCUAAGCUCAGUAACAGACGCCUCGAGGGAGGCUGUUCAGUCUGGCAAGAAGAAGUCUGGCUGGUUUUGGUCGAAUUAAGCAAAUCAUAUUCCGUUUUUCCUUUUAACAUUGAACAAUCUUGGCUCGGUCUCGGUUUGUUUACUAUCAUUUAUUUUUAUUCUAUUUAUUUUUUUUUCUAUUUAUUUAUUUAUUUAUUCAUUUAUUGAUUUGCAUGUUUUUUGUUUUGUUUUGUUUUGUUUUGUUUCUUCUUUUAUUUUGAAGGGUGUGGAAAGCGGGACUUAUGGGGCGCACAGCAGCAACAGCAACACGGCAUGGCGUGGCAUGGGCAUGGAACGGUACAUAUGAUAUGGUAUAGCGCGUUUUGCACACUGGAUGGAUUUCUUUGAUUUUCUUCUUCCUCUUAUUUUUUUUUUUUUAAUUGGUUCAUCCGGUAUCCUUAUCGUCAUUAUUAGUUUUUUUGGUUUCAUCUUGGUAUCCUUAUGGUCAUCACUUUUUCGUGGGUUCCAUCU